AUGUGGACAAGGCUGGCUACGAGGACCAUCGUGAGCGCGGCGCGUGCCGUGCCACCUAUGCAUGCAGCCCGUGUCCAGGUGCGCGCGCUGUCCGUAUCCGGCCGUGCUCUGGCGACGGAGGACUCGCGCCCCGACUUUGAUCGCGCUUUGCCACCCGGCUUUGAAAAGGUGGCGGAAUCGCCCAGUGCCUUGGGGGCCAUCAAGGAGCUGGCUGAUGUGCUCGAAAAGAAUGGACUUGACAUGAGCGGCGGCGUCAAGCCGUCCAUGACGCAGAUGGUCAAGCUUGCGGCGAAUGCCGACGUGCGCGAAAAAACAGCUAAAGUGGUUGAUGAGAUGCGCAAGGCGGGCGUCGACAUGUCGCCAGAAAACCUGCAAAACCUCAUGAAGGGCUUUAAGUAA